UUAAAAACUUAUGUUUAAACAGAACUUAGAAAAGGUAAAUUAAAAGCGAUUAAUACAUAUACUGUCCGCCGUUAAAACUAAUCACUUUAUAAAGUAUGUUAUUUUCAUUUUUCAGAUAACAUAAUAUUCAGUACAUUCAAUUAUUAGAACACCUAUACUUUGGUGUAAGAACACCCACGUAUAAGGAUCGUUCAGUAUAACCAGUCACAUCGGCAAACAAGCAAAAGAGAUCAACGGUGCUUGAUCCUUCAAAACUCUAGAUGGAUAAAACAAGCCGAGGAUUACGGGUGUCGUAAGUGGACCCCAGAGACACCUCUUGUUCUUUUAAACUCUCUCUCUCUCAUUUUGAGUCAAAUAAGUCAACAAAGGAAAAACUCUCUCCUAUACUCUCUCUCUAGAUUCACUCUAGAACAAUGGCGUCGACGACUUGUGGAAGGGAGGUGCAUUACAGAGGAGUAAGGAAGAGACCAUGGGGUCGUUACGCGGCGGAGAUUAGAGAUCCUUGGAAGAAAACUAGGGUUUGGUUAGGCACUUUCGACACUCCCGAAGAAGCUGCUCUCGCUUACGACGGCGCCGCCCGUUUCCUCCGUGGUAUCAAAGCUAAAACUAACUUCCCUUCUCCUCUCUCUCUUGACCUCAACCACAUCCCUUCUCCCUCCGCCGCCGUCGCCGCCGCGGAUAACCACCACAACCAUCAACUCUGGUUCUCCGCUCCUCCUCCUCCUCCUCCUCUUCACAUCUCCGGCAAUUACCGCCACCACGGUCUCUAUCUCCGAACCAGAGUGCUUAACGACAGAACCUCGGAUUCCCCCUCUACAGAAGCGCCGUUUUAUUUCACCGCCUCGCCUGCCGCAGCUACGUCAUCGCCUCGAGCGCUUGAGUUAAUGAGUUCUUCUCCUUCCUCCCCUACGGUGAGACGUGGCUUAGCCAUUGAUCUCAACGAGCCGCCGCCACUUUGGCUGUAAAACAGACGAUGAAGGCGGACAUUAACGGCGCCGUUUGCAACACUUUCGGCGGAACUAUUAGGGUUUAUUUUUUUGUAACUUUAGUUUCUUUUAGCAAAAAUCUCUUAUUUUUUUAGAGUCGUACGUGUAGUUUUCUUUUCAGUUUGUCUUUUUUGGCUUAUGUAAGAAUGGAGAUUGAUUGUUAUGAUCCAAGUUGAGGUAACAAAAAAAAAAACUUCUUAA